AUGGCGCCGGGAAAGGUCCCCGCGAAGAAAAGCCUCAGGGCUUGGGACGGUCUGAAGCCUCCCCUGGCCGAAUGGGUCCUGGACGCUGUCUCGACCAUGGGCUUCUCCCAGAUGACGCCCGUCCAAGCAGCGACGAUCCCACACUUCAUGGGCAAUAAAGACGUGGUGGUAGAGGCCGUUACUGGUAGUGGCAAGACGCUCUCGUUCCUCAUCCCCAUCGUGCAAAGGCUGCUGCGGCUCGAAGAACCCACCAAGAGACACCACGUCGCCGCAAUCAUUGUCUCCCCGACGCGAGAGCUGGCGGCUCAGAUACACACCGUCUUAUUGUCACUUCUGGAGUUUCACGCCCCUUCAGCCGAGCUGCUCCCGCGCCUGAAAGACGAUGAGAAGAGGCCGUCGACCGCAGUCCCCGUCGUCGCCCCUCAGCUGCUCGUCGGAGGCACCACCACGCCGGCGCAGGACCUCAGUUUCUUCAUGCGCCACAGCCCCAACCUCCUCAUUUCUUCUCCUGGUCGUCUCGUCGAGCUGCUUGCCUCGCCCCACGUUCACUGCCCGCAGUCCUCGUUCGAGAUGCUCGUCUUGGACGAAGCCGACAGGCUGCUGGAUCUGGGGUUCAAGCAAGACCUGCAGGGAAUCAUCUCCCAUCUGCCAAAGCAGAGAAGGACAGGGCUGUUCAGCGCAAGCGUCAGCGAGGCGGUCAGCGAGCUUAUCCGAGUGGGACUUCGGAAUCCGGUCAAGAUCGAAGUGCGAGUCAAGAUGAAGGACGGUGGCGUCCUUGAGGACAGGAAGACGCCCGCCAGUCUACAGAUGGCAUAUAUGGUGAAGCCGGCCAGCCAAAAGCUGCCUGCCUUGUCACAGCUGCUGGGAAGAUUACCAGUCAGGCCACAGAGGAGCAUCGUGUUCCUGUCUACAUGCGCCGCCGUCGACUACUUUCAACACGUCCUGCCCCUGGUUCUGCCCGAUGGAUUUUCCCUCGUCCCCUUGCACGGCAAGCACCCUGCAAAGGUGCGGGAAAGAAACUUUAACAAAUUCCUGACCUCUGUGUCCCCUACGAUACUCCUCACAACAGACCUUGCGGCCCGUGGCCUGGACAUCCCCCAAGUGGACCUGGUCGUCCAGAUCGAUGCGCCCUCAGACCCCAAAGUCUUCAUACACCGAAGUGGACGCGCCGGGCGCGCCGGGCGGAAGGGCUUGGCGGUUGUGAUGCUGCAUCCAGGGCGAGAGGAAGACUACGUCAAGUUUCUCGAAGUGCGCAAGACGCCCAUCAUUCCACUGGCAAGACCCGAAAUCUCUGUGUCGGAUGACGAAGCCCGUGCGGCGACGCAAAAGUUCCGGAGGAUUGUCAAGGCGGACCGGGCACUCUACGACAAAGCACAAAAGGCCUUUGUUAGCUGGGUGCGGAGCUACGGCGCCCACCAGGCAACGUCGAUAUUCCGGGCGAGCGAUCUCGACUGGGCCGACCUGGCUGAGGCGUGGGGUCUCCUCCGCAUGCCCCGGAUGCCGGAAUUGAAGACGUGGGAGGGCGACAAGAUGCUGGGCCAGAAGAUUGACUGGGAAACGUUCGCGUACAAGGAAAAGACGCGGGAGCAGGCGAGGCAGGACGCGCUCGAGGCGGAGCGGACGGGGGCGGCGGACAACAAGCGCGAGGACAUGAAGCGAAAGCGCAAGAACAACGAGGCCUGGAGCGGUAAGCUGGAGAAGGAGGACGUGCGCGUGGAGAGGCGGGAGAAGCGGCGCAAGAAGAGAGAGGCAGAGCGGUCAGCCAACAUGACCGAGGACGAGAGGGCGAAGCAGAUGGAGCUGGAUGCGCUGAUUGCGCAGGUACGAAGGCAGAAUCAGGAGAAGCAGAAGGCCGCGUCAAAGGAUGACGAGUUCGAGGGCUUCGACGACUAG